AUGGUGAGCAUCAGGAGCCAUGAGAGCCAAAAACCUGGUGGUCCUGCUGCAGGCGCAGAUUACGUAGACCCAAGUCUCUUUCUUGAGCUCAGUGAAAACAGAUAUGUUGCAUGGCCUAUUGCUUCAGUAUUCGAGCUGAAGGACUUGACGGAGCAUAGUUUCGCAACUGUCAUCUCUUUUCCGCAAGGUCAUCCAUUUGAUGAUGACUGGCUAGAGAAAUCUAUUACCAAGGCUCUGAAUCUAGAUGAUGUUUUGCACGAGGACUUCCUCGAAACAAUCUUGCUCACUGGACCAGGCUCUGAGCAGCUUUCGAAUGCGCAAUCUUCUGGACGACUACUCCGGUCAGUGCAAAACAAGUGGGGAGUCGCAAAGAUUCGAGGUCUUGGUCUUCAAUCCGACCUACUGCCCGGCCCGUACAUGGUCGUUGGAGGGGAGCUCUGGCAAGUGCUUCGUCUUUACGAUGAUACGCAAGGCGCUUUUUUAGUACCCGUGAGGAAAUCUACAGAUGGAAGCCGAUUCAGUCUUUUGAAUGAUUGGAAACAUGGCUGGGAUUGUUGUUCAUUAGCUGUACCUUCACGAUUGACUUGUUUCAACACAGAAAACCAUCCUUUAAGAGGUUAUCGUGUGGCUUUAAAGGAUGUAUUUGACCUUGAAGGGGUGAAAAUGUCGAUGUGCAAUCGUGCAUAUCUUGAAUUGUACCCGCCAGCUGUGUCUACUGCACCUUCACUCCACACCAUCAUUGGAAAUGGAGCUUCAAUCCUAGGGAAGACCAAGUUGAGCUCUUUUCUCUCUAGAGAAGAGCCUUCUGAGUCUGUCGACUUCCAAACCUCUUGGAAUCCUCGUGGGGAUGGCUAUCAGGGACCUGGGGGCAGCAGUAGUGGCAGUGCUGCGGCUGUCGCGGCGUAUGACUGGGUAGACAUAGGGAUUGGUACCGACACUAAUGGCAGUGUUCGACGACCAGCUCAGUGCAAUGGGUUGUUCGGCCUCCGACCAAGCAGAGGAGUCUUUUCUUCGGAAGGUCUUUUCACCAUUUUCAAGCACUUCGACGUUCCAGGAUUAUUUUCAAGAGACCUCGCAAAACUUUCGGACUUCGCAGACAAGUGGUAUGGCGAGAAGAAACCUCGAAUGAAGCAAAAUGAUCUACCAAUGGCCAUUGUUGUUCCCAUUGACCUAUUCUCAUCGACGGACACCCUUCAGAAGAAACUGGUCCUAAACUUGGUCGAAGAUCUUGAGAAGCAUCUUAAAGUUGAAGCACGAAGGAUCAGUAUCAGUGGCCUCUGGGAUGACCAGCCUCCCCAAGCAGCUGCCGGUGAACAUCUGCACGAGUACUUGAAAGAGGUUGGUGCGAAUACAUUCUUGUACGAGAACUACCACAGCACAGCAGUAUUUAGAGAUGAUUACUUGAAAAAGUUUGGCAGAACGCCUUUUUCUAGCGCAUUCGUAACGUGGAGAUGGAAAAUUGGGAAGCAAUACACUGCUGAGCAACACGAUGAAGGCAUGCGACGCAUGAGAGUUUAUGAGGAGUGGUUCCUUCAGACUGUUAUGCGGCCUGCCUGGCAUCAAUGGUGGAUCUCCCCGAUUCUUGGUGCUCCAGAAAUCGUUAUUCCAGUUGGGCAAGUCCCAUAUGAAUCCCGGAUCAGUAAUCAGACAGAAUAUCUUCCUGUCACGGCAUCAAUUAUGAGUCAGCCAGAAACCGACAUAGCUCUCGUAGAAUUUACGGAAGUGUUCAUGAAGAACAUGGGAAGAUCUUCGGUGGUCAAUUCUGGCAAGGCUAUGUUUCCUCUAGUGUAA